UUCUCUUGUUCUCUUCAUACUUCUUCCUACUACUCCCAUCUAGCAACCACUACCUUGCAAACCAACUUAUACUACUUACUCUCAUACUUCCAAACCUACUCUGCCACACUCAUAACCACACAGACCGCAGCUUCAACGUUACUCCCCAACUCUAUAAUCAAUACCCGACUUCACCGCUGCUAAGCCCCACCACUCUUUUGAGUUACGGGCUGCGGACGCAGGCAGUCACUAGUAGGCAAUACUAUUAAACGCCUACAUACAUUUAUAGGGCAUCCCGUUGUCCCUAUAUAUACCUAACUCUUUAUCCUCCCACUUUGAGAGGCAUCCUCUCCCUCCAUUUCUCUCCCCCUUCGUGUUUUUACUUCUUCCUCCGGCGUCCAGUUACUAUGGCGUCCGCCGUUCUCCCAGCCUGUGCGACCCCAUACCGGGCCUCUUAUGCCCCUCGGUAUGCUCCCAACCUGAUGGACAUGGGCGUUGAAAUGGAUUCGUAUGGAUCCUACCAACGCUUCCACUCUCCCUCUCCCAGUCGGCGGUCCUUGAACCGUCAGCGCUCUACGUCUUUCCCCUCCGUCUACUAUUCGGGCUCUCCGGAGCAUCAUCCCGUCGAGCCUCGACGGAAGAAGGAGAGUAGUUCUCGGCGCCGUCGUCAUGGCAGCCCGUCGAACCCUCAGCCGGCCAGAUACUCGAGGAACUCGAUGCUGGUCAAUCCAGACGUUAUUGAUCGUCUGGACAGCGCGAGUCUCUGCCAGUACCAUCACGAGGGGCCCUACGAUGCCGUCUAUGCGGAGAGGAACUACCACACCAAGCAGAGCCCCGUCGAGGCAGUCAAAGAUUCAACUGCCGAGACCUUGAAGGCAACUCCGAAAGAUAAAAUUAGGGACUGCAUCGAUAGUCACCGUCCUCUGGACGGUGUGGCUUAUUACCCUCCAGGUCACACAGACAUGGAGGGCCGCACCUACGAAUACGAGGAGGGGCCGAACAUGAUGAACGACUAUGGAAACUUUAUGCGUUGUCCCGGUCAAAAAUUCACCGAUGAGGAUUUCAAAAAGGACCCCUUUUACAAUACACCCCACCCCAAGCCAUUCGCCUCGCUCCGGAAAGCGCUCAGUAUCCGUCGUCGCAAGCGCAGCGGAACUUCUUAGACAAGUUCUUAAACAAAUUCAUUUGGACUUUUUGUAUACGGCCGCACUACAACAUGCAUUUGUGGUUGGUUCGUCUAUAAGACCGCAGUCUCCCUGAUAGAGCUGCGAGAGUUGGUGUUGGGUUUUGAUGAUUUUUGGAGCGUUUCUUUCUAUUAUGUAUUUUACCAUGAUUCCCCUGCUACACCGGUCAUGACCUCGGUGAUUACGGUAUGACAUGAUGUGUCACGCUCGGAGUUGAAGCCUGGAGUAUCACGGUGGGAGGCGUUCAUGGUUGCUACAGCCCUUUUGAUGGGUUUGAAUUGGGAAUAUCCAUGGCUGUUUUUACUUCUGCUGUCUGACAGUCAAAUUUGACGAUCUACAAUCUGCCACUGC